CGCCCAGUGGAGCCACAUUCUUCCCCAACUCUGAUCAAUUUUCUGGGGGAGGGGAAACCCGGUCGCACGUUUUUGUCCCAUUCAAUGUUCCCUGCCGGCAAUGCAUCACCAUCCUUGAGUCGCCCGACGACAAUGGACCGAGUCUCUGUGGCAGGGUGGUCAGCCGCCGGUAACACAUCGACGAACAAUGAGGCGUCCUCAACGACGCGUUCUGUCUCUGGCGCAGGACGGCGCUACGUGCGCUCGCGCGAGGGCUGCGUGACCUGCAAGUGAGUCUCCCUCCCUUUGUCUCUCCAGUGCGCGCUGCUCAUCACACCACCAGACGCCGCAAGGUCAAGUGCGACGAGCAGCGCCCGCGAUGCUCUCACUGCGAGCGCCUCAACAUGGAGUGCAAAUGGCGACCGCAGACACGCCCCUCGACGCAGAGGCGCCCAUCCCAGCCCCCGACGCAGUCUCCCAUGACGGAUGUGUCCCCCGGAGGCCCCGGGUCGGCGGGCCAGCAGGCGCCGCAUGCGGUGGACGAGGUGUUUGACUACGCGAGCUUCAUGUGGGAGGGCGGCGACUUUUGGCAGCAGGUCAGCCCCGAGAUGGGGUCCAACGUCGGGUUGAACACGCACAUUAUGGGCACGGACGCGCAGCUGCGCUUCCCCAACAUGGUGGCCCCGGCGCCUGUCACGUACGGCACGCCUGCGAUGCGGAGCAAUGGCAGUGCUGCAGAUAAACCUGUCGUGAAUCUUACGGGCGACAAGUUGAUGGAGUUUUUCGCAACGUCGGCGAAUCCGCCCAUCUUGGAGGAGGUCGAGACGCAGAAAAAGUGGGUGCUCAUGCGACAGACGGUAGUGGACAUGGCCAAGCACUCGCGCAUGCUGCACUGCGCCAUCCUCGCCUUCUCGGCGAUACUGGUUGGGCGGCGGGAUCGCUCGCUGGUGGUGAGCGAGGAGAAUCACUACGAAUCGGCGGUGGCACGGGUGGUCGAGUACGACCAACAAUCACUGGUGGAGCACAGCAGCGAAAGGGAGUGUCUGCUGGCGGCCCUGUUCUUCCUGGCCUACGUGGACAUUCUCGAGAUGAAGCUGGACGCUGGUCACUCGCAUCUGCAGCGGGCCUACAAGAUCUUUCAGCGGUGCGACAAGAAGAGCUUUGGCGCGCUGGAGAAGCAGAUCCUGCUCUGGCUCCGGCUGCUCGACGGCAAAGCAGUGUCAGCAGGAGGGGACGGACUCUUCCUCUCCAAGGCUGAUGAGCUCUUCCUGGUCGAGGCGUCGCCUGGUAGCUUUGACGGCGGCGACACGGACGACCUCUCCCGACAGGAGCCAGCCGAGGGCGACAUUGAAGACGUCCUCUUCCAGGUCCUCUACCAGCCAGGCGUUGUCUUCUAUCAAAAAGUGCAGAGCUUCAUGGGGCGCAUCUCCAAGAUCGAUCCGUGGCAUCGCUCUCGAGGCACCGUCGAGGACGAAACAGAGGUCAUGAACAUUGGCGCCUCCAUCGCGACCGACCUGCGUAAUCUCUACGACCACCGCCCUCCCCUGAUGGACUUUGCCGUGGCAGGCAAGCUACAGCAGCCGCACGUCUCGGCGCACCUCGCGUUUGUCAUCACGCGCGCGUUCCGCACGUACCUGUCCAACUACUACGCCAGCAAGGUGCACCUGCACCGCGUCGCCUACAAGACGCUGCCCCUGACCAAGGAGGCCAUUGACGCGCUGGACAAUAUUCGCAGGCUCGUCCGGCAGAUGGUGAACGAGAUGGACACGGAGGACUCGCUGCCGAUCAACAUGCUCUGGCCCUUGCUGAUGCUCGGCGCGGAGGAGCAGGACAUGGGCGAGCGCGCGUGGAUCAAGGAGACCAUCUUGCGGAUGGAGAGGGUCGCAGGGAACGCCCGGAUCACCGCGCAGGUUCUGGAAGAGGUGCAGGCGCGCCAGGACACGGCCAAGGCGCGGAUGGACAUUCGCUCCGUCAUGCUGACCGUGUUCAACGCGUGUUUUGCGAUCGUGUGACGAGGCUAUUCUCUUACGUGCUGGAUCCGCCGUGGAACGCUCGAUUGUCGACUCGCGAGAUGGCUCGUGAUCUAUUGGAGUCAGUCAUACGAUAAUCGUCGCUCGCGUCGAGACUCGAGAGCCAAGACUGUGGGCGCCCCGCCGUGCGAUGUUUGCCGAUCGGCUUCUCCAAC